CUUUAUAUAAACACAUAUUUGCGUAGUGUCUUAGUUUGUUUGUGAUCAAUCGGCGGCCGUGGUUGUUCCAACAUUAAUAUUAACAGAGUCUUAAAAAUGACUGAGCGAAGAAUCCUUGUAAUAUAUACCGGUGGUACCUUUGGAAUGCUCAAAGAUCAUAGGGGAGUGUUGGUCCCGCAAAGAGAUAUUGAGAGAAGGAUAAUAAGAAAACUGCCACAGCUUCACGAUAAUGAAUAUUGGACGAAAAAUCUGGCUGAAACCGAAAAACAGAAAUAUCUUGUUAUACCAGAUGGCAAAGAUACAAACUUAAGAAUUUUGUAUAAAAUUAUCGAGACGGAAGAAAUAAAAGACUCGUCAGAUUUUACCAACGAAGAUUGGAUAAUGAUGGCAAGAGAAAUAAAGAAAUAUUACCAUGAUUAUGAUGGAUUCGUGGUGCUUCACGGGACUGACACGACAGCAUACGGGGCGUCAGUUCUCUCGUUCAUGUUAGAGAGUGUUGGAAAAACAGUCGUCUUAACAGGCGCCCAGGUGCCAAUAUUUCAACCGCGAAGUGACGGCAACAAUAACUUGUUGUGUGCAAUUCUAAUAGCGGCAACGCAGCACAUUCCUGAGGUGACGGUGUUCUUUGGUGCCAAGCUGUUCAGAGGAACUAGAGUGAAGAAAGUUUCCAACACUCGAAUAUACGCCUUUGACUCUCCGAACUAUCCUCCCCUGCUUGAAUCAAAGACAACCCUCGAUAUUGAUCCAAAGAUGUUGAUACACCCCGCGGGCUCCGUACCUGAUGACUGCGUACUCCACGACCAGCUGUCCAAGAAGGUGUACCUGCUGAAAGUGACACCCACUAUCACUCCAGAGAUCAUCAGAGCUAUGUUUCAAGGAAUGGAAGGUGUAGUUCUUGAAACAUACGGGAACGGCAAUAUUCCGAUAAAACGAAAAGAGAUAUACAAAGAAAUAGAGCAAGCGGUUAAGAAUAACGUCCUAAUCGUAAAUGUGACACAGUGUGUUAAUGGAAUAGUGCACGGCAAGCCUUUGUAUGAGACAGGAUUGCUGUUGAUAGAAUGUGGAGUAAUUCCUGCGUAUGAUAUGACAUCUGAGGCUGCUCAAGCGAAAUUAUCUUAUGUUCUCAGCAAACCAGGAUUAACCUACGCAGAAAGAGUUGAGUUAAUGAAAACAAAUAUAAGAGGAGAACUACACAACCCACACCUAUGAUUGAAUAUCACAUUCACAAAACUAGUACUUUGAAUGCAAGAAUCUAGUGGCUGCCGAAAUAAACUGUAAUUAAUUAUAUUAUAUUUAACGUUAAGCCUACGGAGGUUAAUUUACGGCCGUUUUCAAAAACCUAUCUACCCCUAGUUUACCUUACGGAUACAUUGCUGUAACCGUUUAGGUAAUGACAAGAUCUUAUCUAUCCAUUGUUAUGUCCAAUAUACUUACGGCCGUUCCCAAUAUACUAUCUACCGAUAGAAACAAAUUACUACCUUCUCCUGUCAGUAAUUAGCUGUCAAUAAUCUGAAGUUGUCCCAAUAUACCCGAUAAGUAAUUUUUAUCUCAAGUAAGAGAUAGACUGAAUAUUGGGAACGGCCGUUAAAGUCCAAUGCUAUCUGUCAAUAUAUUAUUAAAAUGUAAGUAAGUUAAACUAAGGAUAAAUAAGAUAUUGAAAACGGCCGUUAGUAAAUGUUUCUAAUGUUUCCAUUAUUUUUUUUUUUUUUUAGUUUUAACAGUUAUCACACGGCAUACAAGUUCUAGUCUUCAUCUGAUUAUAAUAUAAAAACAUUCCAACCAAUUUUAACUACAAUUGGUUGUUUAUACAUUCGGCAUAAAGUUAAUAUUAUUGUUUAGUAGAGUUUUACUAUUUUUUUAAAUUAUAACCAUCAGGAGGCAGCAUGCAACUUCAAUGUUUGUAUUAGGAUUUAAGUUAAUUGCUCUUAUGAUUAAAAUAUAGCCUAUGUAAGGAGGAAA